GACGUCGACAAUCGACAUUUUCAAUUUCAUUCAAUUCAGUUUUCGUAUUCGGCGGCUGUGACUCGUUUACAUUCGAUCGGAUAACUAUUUAUUUUUAAACGUUUCACUAAACAUUUGUGGUGUGUUUAUAUAAAUAAAAGUGACAAAAGUUAAGUUGAAAAUGAAUCCCUACCAGCAAGGCCAGUCGGGAUAUCCACAACAGCCUUACCUGCACAAUAUUGGGUUCAGUAACAGCGCCCCACAGUCUUUUGGGAACCCGAUGCCUAUGGCUGGCUUCCCUACAACUGGUUAUCCGGCCCCGCAGCCUGGUUACCCGCAAGCAGGGUACCCACAAGCUUCACCAGGCUACCCACAAGCUUCACCAGGCUACCCACCCACUCCUGGCUAUCCACAGGCCAAUGCGGGCUAUCCACAGGCCAAUCCGGGCUAUCCCCAGUCCAAUCCAGGCUAUCCCCAGCCAUCAGGCUAUCCUUCAGCCAAUCAAGGCUACCCGUCCCAGCAAAGUGCAUACCCUCAGGCCAAUCAGGGCUACCCUGCUGCACCCCAGCAGUCUAACCAAUACCAAGGCUACCCGCCUCGCAGUGAGCCAACCAUGACACAAUCUCCUUACCAUGGGUCUGCUUCCUCGCCAAUUAAUGAAUCACCGUCUAAGCCGACGGUAGUUCCCGUGAACCCUUUCGACCCUCGUGAGGAUGCAGCGGUCCUGCGCAAGGCUAUGAAGGGCUUCGGCACAGACGAGAAGGCCAUCAUCCAGGUGCUGACGAGACGCAGCAAUGAACAGCGGCUGCGCAUCGCUUACGAGUUCAAAACUCUUUAUGGAAAGGACCUAAUAUCAGACCUGAAGAGUGAAACCAGCGGCAAGUUCGAAGACCUGCUAGUUGCCCUCAUGACACCACUGCCUCAGUUCUACGCCAAGGAGCUGCACGACGCGACGGCCGGCAUCGGCACUGAUGAAGACGUGCUGAUAGAGGUCAUGUGCACCAUGUCCAACCACGAGAUCCAGGUCAUCAAACAGGCGUACACUGCAAUGUACGGCAACCUUCUCGAGGACGAUCUCCAGGGAGACACUUCGGGCAACUUCAAGAGGCUCAUGACCUCGCUUUGUAUGGGAAAUCGUUCGGAGGACUUCCACGUGGACCAAGAGAGUGCGAGACAAGACGCCAGGAGCCUUCUACAAGCCGGUGAGCUGCGCCUAGGCACGGACGAGUCCAUUUUCAACGCGAUCCUGUGCUCGCGUUCCUUCAAGCAACUGGCGGCCAUCUUUCAGGAAUACCACUUCCUGACCGGACACGACAUCGAUGACGCCAUCAAGGCCGAGUUCUCGGGGGAUCUUGAGAAGGCGCUGAGGGCUAUCGUGAAGGUGGUCCGCAACAAGCCGUUGUUCUUCGCGGAGCGCCUGCACAAGUCCAUGAAGGGGCUCGGGACCAACGACCGGCAGCUCAUCCGCAUCAUGGUGACUCGCUGCGAGCUGGACCUGGGCGACAUCUGCGACGUGUUCGAGCACAAGUACGGGGAGACGCUCGCUAGCUGGAUCGAGGGCGACUGCUCCGGCCAUUACAAGAAGUGUUUCCUCGGUCUGCUGGGACUUUACUAAACAUUUACAGUUACAUUAUGCAAUGACUACUGACACAUAAUAAUAUUAUUAUCCAAUCUAAAGAUUGAGACGCUACAUUUAUACUGAAAUUAAAAUUAUGUUAUGAGAAUAGAUGAUAAUAAUAUUGUCAAGAUACUUUCGUACAACUCAUAUUGCUGUGGUGAGGUUUUCAUACUCGUAUUAAAAUCCUUAUACAGGGUGUUGCAAAAAGGGUAUACUAAGCCGAAAAGGGUGACUCUGGAGGCUAUUCUGAACAACUUUUGUUCUAAGAGUUUUGGAAAUUCACGAAAACAAAAACCUAUUCCAUAGAAAUUUUGUUGGUCACGUGACUUUCUUACUAUGGAAAAAGAAUAUUUUUUUCUCGGGAUCUGUCCAAUUUCUGUAUGUAAAAACUAGUAUAGAAAACAAUUAAUAGAUUGGAUAAUAAUAACGGCCAGUAAGUCGUCAAUCAUCACACAAUGCUAUUUCGUUGGUACAUAUUUGUACAAUACGCUAGAAAUAAGUUUUGUCUCAAAGAGAAUCUGAUUGUAUUUAUGGAUAUUUUAUAAAGUUUAUCUCCCAUACGCCUAUAUUAUAGUAAUAUGCAAAUUUA